AUGGACGACUCCAGGGCGAACCCAGGACGGCCGGCGUCGCCCUCCCCUCUGUCUCGCGCACUCUCACUCUCGUCUUUGUCUGUCCUCCUCUUUCUGGUGUCUUUCUCGUCGUCGACCUCUUUCUCUGCGCUUCCCCCUCCCCGCGUUUCGGUCUCUUCAGUGGACUCCGCGCCCGCGGUCUCCGCUGCACAGCGCCUUCUUCUGAAUGCGUCUGCGUCUGUCUCCCCCAGCUUUGCUCCCUCGGUCUUUCUCUUCGCCGCCGCCGCGAAGGCCAAGCCCGACGCGAGCGACCGCGCAGGCAGGCGGCCGCCGCUCGCUCUUCGCAGAGGGGGCGGCGAAUCCUUCGGUGCGAAGCUGCCUCCGCUCUCUGCCGCAGCUGCGUUGACUGACGCCGAGCAGUCGACUCUAGCGUCGCUGGGGGACUUCGGUUCCGACGACGGUGGAGGCGACGACGCUGAGGAGGGGCAUGAACUCGAAGGACGGGUGAACGACGGAGGCUCCAGUGAGGCAGGCGAAGAGGCCGACGCCCGCGUGGGCGUCGCAGAGUUGGUCAACGCGGUUGCGGAGGACUACGAGGCGCACGCGGAGCCUGCGGUUUCGCAUGCGUCGUUGCCGGCGGCGCCGCGUCUGCGCCGCGCGGGGGAGGCUGCGGAGACGCUGCGUGCGGACGCGAAGGCGGUCGCGGCGAGCUGGCCUUGCAAGGCGGGCACGCGGUUCGUCUUCCUCUUCGUGAACGGCACGUCGGGCGGCGGCAGCGGCGCCAACUGGCUGCGGGAGGCGGACGCCAACGGUCGGUACGCGCGGGAUUUUGCGGACAUCUGCUCCCGCGUGCUGAUCUACGACUUGGGAAAGAGCUGCAAAGACGGCUUCCUGGUGCUCAAACAGGUCGUCGAGACCAAGCGCACGCUCACCGGCACGCCGAUGCCGAAGAAAACGAGCGCCCUCGUCCGCGUCAUCGCCGUCGGCGGCGACGGGACCGUCAUGUGGGUGAACCAAGAGGCGCUCAACGCCCAGGUGCCCCUCGAGUGGAUGGCAAUCGGCACCGUCGGAUUCGGCACCGGGAAUGACUUCGCGCAGAGCUACGGAUGGACUGGUCGCCACCUCACCAAGGCUGAUAUCUACAAGGGCGACACGCUGAAGACGCUCGUCACCGAGUGGCAGAAGGCCUCCGUGACUCUUCACGACAUGUGGAAAGUGAACAUCACGACGGCGGAGGGCGGCUACUUUGAAAGAAUCGACAGGAAGACGCGCCAGAUGGUGAAAGUCCUCGAUGAGACCACCGGCGAGCCUGCGCGACACUUCGAGUCGCUGCUUAACCUCUAUCUCGGAUUCGGCUUCGAGUCGAUGGUCGGUCUGGAGUUCGACCGCCUGCGCAGCACGUCGCGCUUCCGGAAUCGCAUUAUGUAUGGCGUGGCGUUUUUGAAGUUCUUGAACCGCCCGUGGACGAAGAUUUCUCAUCAGGUCGAGUCCGUCUAUGCCAUCGAAAACGGCGAGAAGCGGAUCCUCUUUACCACGAACCCAACCAAGUACCCCGACGCGCUCCAGCUAGAAGACUGUAUUUCGCUCACCUUGUUGAACAACCGCUCGAUCAUCGGCGGAGUGGCGCUCUGGCGCAGGACGCAAAAGGUCGGCGUCUUACCUCCAGCCAGCGACACGCCGGCUAACCGCGCUGCGUACGAAAACAUGAAGGAUCGUCUGGUCAAAGCAAACCAGUCGAUGGGGGACGGCAAAAUCGAGCUGUUGUCUUUCCAUGAUCGCUUCGCCCUCAUGCGCAGUGUCCUGGUCGACCACAACGCCGCGCGGCGGCUCGCGCAGCACCGCGGCCCCUUCUCGGUGACCUUCUACGCGCCGGAGAAGGCCGGGUCCGUCGGCUUCCAGGUCGACGGCGAGUUUCGCCAAGCCACGCGCGUGGAGUCUGCGACGGUGGAAUACAUUCGGUCGUUCAACGUCCUCAACAACGAGGCUGCGGCGCCACGCAAAUAG